GCCCCACACCACUCGGUUGGCAUGGCAGUUUCGGGUGGGCCCGAUCCCUGUCUUAAAGGAUUAGCCUGCUGGAUUGGGUGUCCCCAAUAAUAACAACUACUGGAACUAAUGGUCAAGAGGAUCAGGCGUAAAUUUGCUGGGGGGAAGUGGACCAAAAGUGGAAGUUGGGCUCAAAUUUGGUGGUGGGUCAAAACAUCCUAUCACGGGGGGCACUCGGCCCAUGGGCAAGGGUUGGGCUUAUAGCAUCAGGUGGACCUUUGACAGACCGUGGCUUGAGCCGGUCCAAACUCGAACAGCCGAAGGCCGGCCGGGUCGCCAGCCCUUGGAGCGUGGGAUCUGGGGAUGGGUGGAUUCCCACGGACGAUGCUUCUUAGGCCGCCGAUCGAUUGAGCCGAUGGAGCCUUUUCCUCGGUAGUUUUCUGCUUUUCCGUUCUGGGUGGUGUCUCUGUCUCAGUAUCAGGAGGUCGUGGGAUGAGGGCGGUGGUGCUUUGGGUGCGAGACUGGGCGAGUGCCAGGGUGGGUGGAUGUGAAUAAAAAGAAAGCCACUGACCCGCUAGCUAGCUAGCUAGCUCUUGGCCAGACUAGACUAACUGGCAGGGCCCGGACCGCCCAGACCCUGAUGGGAACCGUCAUCAUGAUCCAUGGCUUCAUCUCUUCCUGGCUGGUUGGCUGCUGCCUGCCUCGUGCCUCGUCCCGCCCUCUUGAUCCCUCAACCUGCCCCCAUAAGGCAGGCAGGCAGGCAGGCAGGCAGGCCGGCCAACCCGAAAAACAUUGACGAUUGUGACUUGAGAGUCUGGCAGCUCACCGCUAAAUUGGUCUGGGGAUUUCAGUGACGUGGGCCCUCUACCCUCCAGCCCCUACCCCCAAGCCUCGCCCCUAACCCCCUCCCAGAAAGAUGAGCUGCUGGGCGUGGACACCCUAAGCCCCGCCCGUCGGGCACCCGUGAUUGGCUGGCCUGGUCCCGGCGGACUUGAGACUGGCCGGUGGUGGUUGACCGCAGAUGGCGGGUGGGAUUGGCCCGCCCCAUUAGCCUGGCUUGGGCUCCACCCCCGAUCAAGUAUGAGCACGGCCUACCCGGCCCGCCCUUUGGCCCCCACCGGAUACGCGUCUUCCUUUUGCUCCACAUCCUCCAUGUCUUCUUCGGGCUCGUCGGCGGCUUCCUCGCGCGCCUCCUCCGUCUCGUCCAGUUCGAACCAUUUGAUGGGUGCCACCUGGACCCCCGUGAACGAGAUGGUGGGAUCGCUCGUUGGCCGCCCCGAAGCCCACGCCCACGACAUGACGGCUCGAUUAUCCGGAGCCUCCGAUCCGUGUUUGGCCAUGUUAGAUUCCGUGGCGGCCUCGGAGGACGCUUUAGCCGAGUGGCGAGCCAAAUACGAUCGGCUGUUCGAGGCCCAUCGGCGAUUGCAAAAGACAAAUCACACCUUGGAGGAUAAGCUGCUCCGGAUUGUCGACAAGUUUGAGGCGGAUAAGAAUCAAAUGACCCGGGAUCUGGCCUCACAAACUCAGAAGCUAGUCCAAGCUAAACUCACCACUCAGCAACUCCACGACCGAAAUCAAGACCUGCAGUCCGACCUGAACCUGGCCCUGACCUUGCUUCAAAACCGUCCCAGUAGUUACCUGGCUCAGCGGGUUGAUUCAUUGCCUUCAGAUAUGCAAGCCCGGGUGCGAAGCUACAUCGCCGAUAAGCAAGCCGAGAAGCUCAACAAAGAGCGGGUCGAAGGCAAGAAGAUCCGGGUGCCCAUCAUGGACGAUGUGGGGGCUCAGGAUGUGAGCCAGAAUGACAAGGUGUCGGCCGCCAUCCUAGCCAAAGUGCUGGAGGAGCGAUCCAAAGAGCGAAAGAAGGAACGUAAGUUUUGCAUCGACGUAGGCACCCAAACGCACGGCUGGCAUUUCCCGGACAAACUUUAUGCCUCGGCCCUACCUUCUCCGCCCUCGCCUCCGAAAGAUCACCCCCACCCAUCAUCCGAGAACAUUCGCGCUUCCACCCUGCAUUCAGUCAAACCCAGGUCGUCGCCCGGUCAACUACCGAUUGUGACGAGCCAGAAAGCUGGACACGCCACCACCACCAUCAAACGCCUCCCGGGCUCCGAGUCACACCCGUCCGACGAAGUGAUUCUGGAUGACGCUCAAAGUCCACCUUGUAGUGGCCCCCGAGGCUCGCCACUCGUCCCCGGUUCGGCGACGAGGGUGAAUAAUAUAUUGUUGGCUUCAGUCAUACGAACGCCACCCUCGUCAGUGCAUGCCAACUCCAUUUCAAGCGAUCUCACGCCCACUCGAGCCAAACCCGCCGAGUUGGCCCGCUCUCUGAUUGACUUGGACGAGGAUCGCUACGAGCCCGUGGCCAAUUUUGAGAAAUCUCGACGGACAACGCAAAGGAUGAAACGAAGUGCCACUUUCAGUGCGACUCAAACCGAUCUUUGAAUCAUUCCACCCACCCUUGACGUCAGACGCCCUUUAGGGCAGGAUUAGUGAUCCAAAUUGAUAAUGUUGCUUGCGCUUUAAAAGUUUGCCUAGGACUAUUUUUUGCAAUAACUGUCUUUGUGUAGGAUUGCCAUAGAGUUCGUGUAUCACGAACCACCACCGAUAUGGCCCCAUCGCCUGAUGCUCACGAGUUCUUGAGAUUGUUCCAUAGUUCUAAACCAUGUCGUUGUUGAAACUAGCAGCGAUAACCGUUUACUUGAUCGUUUACUUGUUCGAGAGUAAUAAACACUGUUUGUCAAGUCCAGAAUGAAAACAGUUGCUUGUCAGAGAUUCCUCGUGUUCUCUUAGAGAAAUUUGCAGUGCCUCAUUUCUUUCCACGAAUUUUGCUUGCAG